AUGUCAAACCAGACCCCCGAAUCUUGGGAGGAUGAGCUUUCCCGGCAAGCAGAGGGUGUGAACCUGAAUGCACAGGGCCGCCCUCAACCUCAGGCACCUUCUUUCCCAACUUUCACACCUGGAGCUGCUUCCUUCACACCUGGAGCUACCUCUUUCACCCCGGGUCAACAAUACCAGCAAUACGGCGCUGGUAACCCCUACGCCCAGUACGGCCAGCAGGCUUACGGAUACCAGGGUCAGCAGCAACCCCAGCAGCAGCAGGCCUACAGCCAGUAUGGCGCAUAUGCGCAGCAGCCCGGUGGUUACAACCAAUACUACAACCAGCAGCCCGGUGGUUAUGCCCAACAGCCUCGCCAGAAUGCCUCCGCUGCCUACCAACAGGCCCCCGCCGCCGCCCCUCCUGCCCAGGCCGCUCCUAAGCCCGCUGCACCUGCCGCCGCCGCCCCGCCAAAGGCCAAGGUCCUCUCCAUUGGCGCAACCUCCUCCGCCUCUGCCCCCAAGACCAAGGUUCUCUCGAUCGGUACCCCUACCCCCCCUCCCGCUGCCGCCAAGCCGACUCCCGCGAAGGGUGAUUCUAAGGGCACAGCCGCUGCCGAGGCUGGCGCUAAGGUGACUGCCAGCAAGGCCAUUGACAAGACCGAUAAGAAGGCGGACCAGAAGGCUGCCGCCAGCGGCAACGACUCCCCUACACCAUCCUCUGGCCGUUCUAGCCCCGCUCGUGGUGCUGAGGCCGCUAAGCAGGCUCGCGCCGCAGAUGCUGUUGCCAAAGCACAGUUGGCUGAUGUCGAUGACGCUACCCUGAAGGAAAUUUACGGUGAGCGUCGUGAGCACGUCAACGUUGUCUUCAUUGGACACGUUGACGCUGGAAAGUCCACCCUGGGUGGUUCUCUCCUCUACUGCACUGGCAUGGUGGAUGACCGAACAAUGGAGAAAUACAAGAAGGAAGCCAAGGAGGCUGGCCGAGAGACCUGGUAUCUGUCAUGGGCUCUUGAUUUGACUGCCGAGGAGCGUUCUAAGGGUAAGACCGUCGAGGUUGGUCGUGCGUUCUUCAAGGUCCAGAUUCCUUCGCCCGAGGGCCCCAUUGAGCGACAGUUCUCUAUCUUGGAUGCCCCUGGUCACAAGUCCUACGUUCCUCACAUGAUUGGUGGAGCCUCCCAGGCAGACUUGGGUUGUCUCGUUAUUUCUGCCCGUAAGGGUGAGUACGAAACCGGUUUCGAGAAGGGUGGUCAGACCCGCGAGCACGCGCUACUCGCACGCAACACUGGAGUUUCGCAGCUCAUUCUAGCCGUGAACAAGAUGGACGACGUUACUGUGGAAUGGAGCAAGGCUCGUUUCGACGAGUGUACCGUCAAGGUUAUCAAGUUCCUUGAAGCCCUUGGCUACAAGAAGAGUGACAUUUACUGCAUGCCUAUCUCCGCUCAACGUACUAUCAACAUUAAGGACCGCGUUUCCAAGGACGUUUGCCCCUGGUAUGAUGGACCGUCCUUGCUUGAGUUCUUGACAGAAUUCAAGCUACCGGAGCGUAAGGUCAACGCCCCUUUCAUGAUGCCUAUCACUGCCAAGUACCGUGACUUGGGUACCAUGGCCGAGGGCCGUAUUGAAUCCGGAAUUAUCAAGAAGAACGGCAACUAUCUCAUGAUGCCCAACAGAACCGAGGUCUCAGUUGCUGCCCUUUAUGGUGAAACCGAAGAUGAACUCGCUACUGCGAAGGUCGGUGACCAGGUUCGUCUUCGUCUGCGUGGUGUGGAAGAAGAUGAAUUCUUCCCCGGCUUUGUUCUUUGCUCUCCCAAGCGUCCCGUCAACUGUGUGUCUGCUUUCGAAGCCAAGAUUCGUAUUUUGGAUCUUAAGAACAUUCUCACUGCCGGCUUUAACUGUGUCCUUCACGUACACUCUGCUGUCGAGGAGGUUACCUUCGCCGCUCUUCUCCACAAGCUUGAGCCCGGCACUGGACGUAAGAGCAAGCGCCCCCCUGCUUUUGUCAACAAGGGUCAGACCAUUAUUGCCCGUCUCGAGGUAACUUCGACUGCUGGUGCAGUUUGUGUUGAGAAAUACGACGAGUACCAACAGCUCGGACGGUUCACUCUUCGUGACCAGGGUCAAACCAUCGCUAUUGGUAUGGUUACCAAGCUCAUUUUCUCCGAUACCGAACAGUAA